CGACGAUUCGGAAGAUGACUCGGAAGAGAGCGAGGAGGAGUAAACCUUCGCUGGGUCAAUUCUAGCUGAAUAUUUACUUUUCGGAAAUCUUCCACGUCUCUUGUUGAUCUACUAUGCUAGUCACACUGGGCAUUCCCAUUCUUCAUUUUACGUUAUCCAUUAUUCUAAUUAGUUGUUCCCCAUCUUGGUUGUUAACCUGCGUUACCACACCAGCCUUUUUUGUUUGUCUUUUCCUUUCUACUAUUAGCGAUACUGUUGCGUUGGAAGACGGCCUGGAUUUUAUUAUCAGGCGCCUGGUAUUCUUGUACAUAGCCCUUUACUUCUAUCGGGUUGAACGUCGCGUCUGAGCUCUCCACUUUCGCUCGCCUGCAUCUGGUGGCAAGGUCCACAAUCCUGUGGUGAACGCA